AUGAGAUCUAAACGUAAUGCUAGAAUUCUUACAAAUGAUAAUUCAAAAGACAAUAUAAUUGAUAGCAAUAGAAAACCUUCACCACCAAAAAUUUAUAUGAAUGCAUCAAACAACAAUUAAUUAAUAUCGGAAAGUGUUUUUUAAAGAAAAGGCAGAAGUAUCCCAAAAGAUUGUCUUGGAUUAGGAAAUUCUUUUUAAUGUAAUUACUUUUAUUUAAGUUAGAAAAACUAUCACUUCCAAAAAAUUAAACACCACGAAUGUUGAGUAAAAGUGGAAGGGCCAAUUAUGAUCAGGAGGUAUAUAAAUAGAUAAUAAUUAGUUAAGAGUCCUAAUCUAAUUAUAUAACCAAAACAAGAACAAAGUAUGGAAAUAGAGUGUCCAUCCCCUAUUAAAUAAUUUACAGAUAUUAAACUCCCAUUUUUUAAUUCUUAAACUACCAAUAAAAAAGAACAGACAACAAGAAGAGUGAUUAAAGAUGCAUCACUUAAUAAUAGCUAAUUUACCUAAAGAGAAUCUUAAAUGAAAGCAUCAGAUAAAUCAAAAAUUAAUAAAAUUAGAAAAACUAAUUAUCAUCAACAAUAAGAAAUCAAUCCUCAAUAUCAAGUUUAUGAGUUCAAAUAAGAACUUAAAGCUCUAAGAGUAAAAAGAACAGAGUCUUUUGAAUGGUUAUAAGAAGAAUCACAAGGUUCUGAAGAGUCUUCUUUUAAUUAAUUCAAAUAAAUCAAUUUAGGCACUUAUUAUAUGGAUAACUUAAGAAAAUAUCUUAAGGGAUUAAAUCUAGAAGGAUUAUAUGCUUAAUUGUAUAUUAAUCAUUUUGUUCAACAAUUUCACAGUUUAUAACUCAGUAAACAAUUUCUUUAACCUGAUAUUAAAGAAAUAGAACAUCGUUGCAUAUAAUUAUAACAAAUUAGUAAUUUAUUUAUUGAUUAAAUAGAAAAGUAAAAAACAUUGGUUUUAGAUUUGGAUGAAACAUUAAUCCAUUGUAAUGAGUAACCAUAAAUGAAAUUUGAUUUUAAGAUUCCUAUCUAAAUGCCUAAUGGAUAGACUCACGAAGUAUACUAAACUAUAUUAAAAAGGCAGGAAUUAGUGUGAGGCCUUUUGCUUAGUAAUUUCUUCAGGAAUGCUCAAAGCAUUUUGAAGUUAUGAUUUUUACAGCUUCUCAUCCUUUAUAUGCAGACAAGAUUAUUGAUAAAUUGGAUCCAACCAAAAAAUGGGUCACUUGUAGAUUAUACAGAGAACAUUGUAUAUAAACAUAAUAGGGUAUAUAUGUAAAAGAUUUGAGAAUUUUGAACAGAAAUCUCAAAGAUGUUGUUUUGAUUGAUAAUGCAGCUUAUUCUUUUGCUUUUUAAAUUGAUAAUGGUAUACCUAUUAUACCUUAUAUUGAUAAUGCAAAAGAUAAUGUAUAAAUUAUUCUUAUAAAAUUUUUAGGAAUUAAUUGGUGUUAUUGACUAUCUGAAAGUCUUGCUAUAAAUUGAAGAUGCAAGAGAGAUAAAUGCUAAAACAUUUCUCUUAUAGUAAAUCCAACAAUGUCAAAGUCUUGAUGAAGCCAUGAGACUUCUGUUAGUGAUAUGA